AUGGCAGGCAUCAAACUUCAAGGCCCCAGAUUGCACUUGCUUGUCGCAGCAGUUGGCGCUCUCGCUUUUUUGUUGCAGGGCUACGAUCAAGCAGUGAUUAAUGGACUGUUGAGUCUAUCGACGUGGGAGAAGACCUUUCCUCAAAUCAAUACUUCAGACAACAAGUCACACGAACGAUCACUCAUACAGGGCACAGCAGUUGCAAUUUAUGAAGUCGGUUGUGCGAUAGGAGCUCUGUCAUGCUUCAUCAUCGGCGACAUUCUAGGCAGGCGGAAGACCAUCUUUGGCGCAUCAUGCUUCGUCAUAAUCGGCGUCACAAUUCAAGCUUCAUCUUUCAGUCUUGGACAGCUCAUUGCAGCACGCAUCGUCACAGGUCUUGGUGUGGGAGCUUUUACAGCAACUGUUCCUAUGUGGGUGACCGAAUGCUCAAAUGCUCACAAUAGAGGCAAGAUGGUGAUGCUCGAGGGCAUGUUUGCUAUCGGUGGUGUCGCGCUUGCGGUCUGGCUUGACUUCGGCUUCUUCUUCCUUAAGAACGACUCUGCCAACUGGAGAUUUCCAAUCGCUUUCCAGGCAGUGUUUGCGCUUGGUAUUGCUUCGCUUAUAUUCAUGUUACCAGAAUCGCCUCGAUGGUACAUCAAGAAGGAGAACUACGAUGCUGCACUCUACUCGCUUUCUCGACUUAACGGGUUGCCACAAGAUUCAUCAUUGCUUCGACAAGAAGUCGAAGUCAUUCGCAAUUCAAUCUCGCAAGAAUUUGUGGGAGCUUCUGGCAAUCCUUUCGCACGAACACCCAAUCGCCAUCUAAAUCGUACUUUGAUUGCACUCGGUGUCAACAUGUUCGCUCAGAUGACAGGCGUCAACAUUAUCACCUUCUACUCGAAUGAGAUCUUCCAACAGAUCUUGGGUUACAACGGUACAACAUCGCGCGUCAUCUCCGGAUGUCUGCAGAUCUGGCAGUUCUGUAUGGCAACAUUGGCUGUCUUUUUGGUCGACCGACUUGGACGUCGUAAAUUGCUGAUGAUCGGAGCUGCUGGUAUGACUAUUGCUCAGGCUGGUCAGGCUGCACUCAUCAAAUAUUCCCACGACAGCAAAAGCGUAGCUGGUGCAACACUGCUCUUCGACUUCAUGGCUCUAGCGUUCUUCCCCAUUGGACUGUUUCUGAUACCUUUCAUGUAUUCCGCAGAGAUCGCGCCACUCAGGAUUCGGCACAAGAUCACGGCCAUGUCAGCGGCAACGAACUGGCUUUUCAACUUUUUGAUCGCAGAAGUCACGCCUAUUGGGUUUAGAACUAUCGGUUGGAAAUACUACCUUUGCUACAUGUGUACCAGCGCCACGGCAUUCCUUUUUGUGUAUUUCUUUUGUCCUGAAACAAAAGGACGCGGACUCGAAGAUGUGGAUGAGUUCUUCAUGAGGUCGGACAAUGCUUUGCAAGUUGUGCGCGUUGCGAGGGAGCUUCCAUGGGACGCUGGGAUGUCAAGUAUUAUCGAGGCAAAGGUUGACAAGGCUGAGCACGUCGAAGCGUCCAGACGUCGAUCGAACGCAUGA